AUCAAGUUGCGCAGCCGAGCCUCUUGUAGCGUUGCGCAGUUUGGACGAAUGAUACCCGACUCCCGAUCACACUGCGUGAACUAAGGUCUGGUCCGCUGGUUCCACGGGCCCUCAGUGGCAUCCGAGAACUAGGUGGGCCACUCAUGAAGGUAUUACUGGCUAUCGGCGCGGAGUCGGUCCGCAAGUCCUUCUCUAGUGAGGAACCAAGGAGACCGCGUGAAGAACUGGAUCACGUUCAACGAGCCCUGGUGCUCGACCGUGCUGGGCUACUGCAACGGCGAGAUGGCCCCAGGCCACAAAGACAAGCCCGACACGGAGCCUUACCUGGCAGCCCACCACAUCAUCCUGGCCCAUGCAAAAGCGGUGAAGCGGUACCGGGACGAAUUCAAAUCCGCCCAGCAGGGCGUGAUCGGCAUCACCCUCAACAUGGACUGGCGUGAGCCUCUCAGCGAGAAAGCAGAGGACAAGGCCGCGGCCGGCCGCGCCCUGGACUGGCAGCUGGGCUGGUUCGCGGACCCGAUCUGGAAGGGCGACUACCCCGCGACCAUGCGGGCGCGGUGCGGCGAGAGGCUGCCCUCCUUCACCGAGGAGGAGAAGCAGCUCGUCAAGGGCACCUCAGAGUUCUUCGGCCUGAACCACUAUUCCACCGCGUACGCGAACCACCCGGUCGGGAAGGCAGAGACCAAAUCCAUGUGGGGAAACGUGCAGUCGGGCGGGUACUUCGACGACCAGGAGUGCGUGCUCACCGACGACCCGCGCUGGCUACGCACCGACAUGCAGUGGGCAGUGGUGCC